AGAUCCAAAUGCCUUAAAAAAGAGAGGCAUGCUUGUGACAGAAUUUGACUUCUAGUUUGUCAGGUAGUGUUCCCUUUCUAUGUUUGUAACAUUGUAUUUGUUUUUCUCACUUCAAUGCAGUAAAUGACAAGAUUGUAAGAAUUCUGUAGGGAAAUUUUUGAGAGGGGGAGAUGGAAGAGGCACUGCUGCCCAACGCUGAAGAGAGGACACCGGCUUCUACUACCUAUGUGGAAGAGCUAAAGAAGGUGACCUGCAUUGCAGCUCCAAUGGUGGUGGUGACGGUGUCGCUACACCUGUUGCAGGUUGUGUCACUAAUGAUGGCAGGGCACCUUGGUGAAUUGUCUCUGUCUGGGGUCUCCAUCGGUGGAUCUUUUGCUGGGGUCACCGGAUUUAGUCUCCUAUUUGGAUUGGCAGGAGGCUUAGAAACUCUAUGUGGACAAGCUUAUGGAGCAGGGCAAUACCAAAAGUUUGGCACUUAUACAUACUGUGCAAUAAUAUCUCUCCUUCCAAUAUGUGUCCCUGUGUCUAUCAUUUGGAUGUUCAUGGACAGGAUAUUGAUAGCAAUAGGCCAAGACCCUGAAAUCUCAACGGUAGCCUGCCGAUAUGCUACCUUUCUCAUUCCUGCGUUAUUUGCCUAUGCUGUUCUUCAGUCGCUGCUUCGCUACUACCAGUCCCAGGGCUUGAUUCUACCAAUGCUUUUCAGCACUUGUGCAACUUUAUGUUUCCAUAUACCUCUUUGCUGGGCUCUAAUAUUUAAAUGGGAACUAGGAAGCACUGGAGCAGCAUUAGCCAUUGAUGUGUCUUACUGGUUAAAUGUGGUAUUCCUUGCACUUUAUAUGGGGUUCUCUUCAUCCUGCAAAAAGACCCGUGUCAUCUACUGGAAUCAUAUUUUCUCUAGCAUUACGGAGUUCUUUCGCUUCGCUCUCCCUUCUGCUGUAAUGGUUUGUCUUGAGUGGUGGACCUUUGAACUACUUAUAUUGCUUGCUGGACUUCUGCCAGAUUCACAGCUUGAAACAUCUGUUCUUUCUAUCUGCCUAGCAACAACGUCAUUGCACUUCUAUGCACUAUCUGGGAUUGCAGCUGCUGGGAGUGCUCAGGUUUCAAAUCAUCUGGGAGCUGGAAAUCAUAAGGCAGCUCAAGUGGUUGUCCGUGCAGUACUGAGUAUUUCGCUCGUAGAGGCAGUUAUUGUGAGCACAAAUAUCUUCUGCUACCGCCAUGUUUUUGGAUACGCCUUCAGCAAUGAAAAGGUGGUUGUCGACUAUGUAACUGAAGUGGCUCCCCUGCUUUGUCUCUCAGUUAUUGUGGAUAGCUUACAAACAGUGCUUUCCGGAAUUGCUAGGGGAUGUGGAUGGCAGCACAUAGGGGCCUAUAUUAACCUUGGGGCAUACUAUUUUGCUGGAAUCCCAGUAGCUAUUCUGCUGUGCUUCAUUCUCCAUCUUAGAGGGAAAGGCCUUUGGAUGGGGGUGCUGACUGGGAGUACUGUGCAAGCAACAUUACUAGCUCUCAUAACCGGCUUGACAAAUUGGAAAAAACAGGCAACCAAGGCUAGGGAGAGGAUGCUUGAUGGGACAGCUUCGGCUGACAAUGGAUUACCUUGAAGUUUGUAGGGAUACAAUGACCGAACACAACAAUUUCAAUUCCAUUUAGCUGCUAAAGAUAGGGAGUUUUUGCUUGAGGUUACAUUUUUUAAAGAUUCAGAAGAUCACUCAACUUCGAGUGGGGAACAUAACACCAUGCUCGCAUGAAAGAAAUGCAAAUUUAGUAGAGGGUGACAACCCUUGCUACAUGUCUUUCCUACACAUAAUCAAGGCAAGGGGGAGGAUAUU